AUGAGUUUAGAAAAGGAAAUGGAAACGAUUCGCAACGAACAAAAUCAGCUCAUGGCCAGUAUGAACAGGCUAUUUGAGAACUACAAAAAAGAUGGUCCAAGCCGCCGAACUGUGUCUAACAUCAAUAACAAGUUGACCGGCCUCGACGGAUUUUGGCAAGAGUUUCAAAACAAUCAUGCAAGGUUGGUAGCAUUCCAGAACGAAGAUUGCACUUAUUAUGCCGAAAAGACUUAUAACAAAACCAAAACCUUCUACGAAUCAGCUCGGUCUGUAUUGCUAGAUCAUUUGGAUACAGCUAAAAAGGCUCCUCUAUCACCGAGGCCUAGGCCAAUCUCACCGAAGCGAGCAGAACGUUCAACACACCCUUCGCCAGAAAUGUCCAAUUGGGCAGAAGAAAAAACAAUAAACACUAAAAAUGAAGAAGUGCACCCUGAGCCAUCAAAUCAUCAGAGCCGCGCCGUCCCUCAACCACAACAAUCUGAAAAUCAAGAAGAGACGGACAUCCGGGCUCCAGUCAAUCCAGGGUUCGCAAUUCCACCUAUUUUCAAUUUCACCGAAAACCCAAGCGUCGAUGCUGCCAAAUUAUCAGAGAAGAUGAGAAAACAACAGAGCAACUUCAAGGCCUUCGCGCGUACUUUACAUUACAUCGACCUCUCCACCGUCAAUGAAAAGUGGGAAUUGGAAGAUUUACUCAAAUCAGUCCAGUCUCGUUGGACAACAAUUGACACUCUUCACUGGGACAUCGACAGUGAACUUUUCGAAGAUGACGAAACCUACAAUCAAACGUUCUGCAAAUAUGAGAAGAAAUUCCAAGACAUCAAAAAAUCUAUCAAUUCGAAAAUAUGGUCCAUGGCUCACCGGGAGAAAUCAACCCCCGUCAUGGACAUACCGCCGUUUAGUGGGAAUUACCAACAGUGGGUUUCAUUCAAGGAUCUAUUUAAUGAAGCCAUACAUCAUAAUCGCUCCAUGUCCAACGCACAAAAGAUGCAAUUCUUGAAAAAUAAGGUCAGAGGUGAAGCUGAAAAACUCAUUCAACAUCUCAACAUCAGCUCAGAAAAUUAUGACACCUGCUGGGAAAUCCUAAACCACAGGUACAACAACACAAAACUGAUUUUCACCGCCCACCUCAAUAACCUGUUGUCGCUAUCAACAAUGCAACAACAAUCGUAUCAACUAAUCAAGCGUCUACAUGACACCACCAACGAGUGCCUAAACGCCAUCAGGAACCUCGGCGUGGACACCUCGUCAUGGGAUCCGCUCAUCGUCCAUAUUUUAUCACAAAAGUUGGACGCGGAAACUCAUACCGAGUAUGUCGAAUCAUUGAAGAACCCACGUGACUUGCCGACCUUAAAGGAGUUUCUAGAUUUCCUAGAAAUGAAGUUCACAUCAUUUGAAGCAAGCCGCCGCAAGUUGGACACACCAAAAACACUCCAACAAUCAGAAGCAUCAAGAAAGCCUUACUACAAAUCAUUUGUAGGCAUUAAAGAUACAUCAUUAUCACAAAAUAAUUCAAAUGAUGUUAAAUCAAGUUAUUAUCAAAGAAAACAUUGCCUAGUUUGUAAUAAGAAUCACGGCAUAUUUUAUUGCGAAACAUUUCAAGGUGCAAAGCCAGAAAGCAAACGAGGCAUUAUUGCAAGUUUGAAUUUAUGCAAAAAUUGCCUUUACAAUCACUACGAUAAAGAAUGUAUUUCAACAAGUCGAUGCCGCACGUGUCAAGGAAAACAUAAUACGCUCGUACAUGAUGCCUACAGUCAGAAACAAGAUACUUCCGACCUACUUAAUAAACGGAAAACUGUUGCAACAAUUACGCAAGAAUGUAGGAAUAAUAUAGAAGUUUUAUUAGCAACCGCCCUCAUCAAAGUAAGGGCAGUAGAUGGAACUUAUCACAUUCUGAGAGCCUUUAUUGAUCCUGGAGCACAGAUGUCACUGAUCACGGAGGCUGCGGCUCAACUUCUACAAAUACCCCGAGAAAGCUGUGAAGAUACUAUGUAUGGCCUCGGCAUUAAUGGAAACACCUGCAACGGUGUUAUAAACGUCACCAUGUCAUCAAUGCACUGUGACUAUCAAUUUGAUGGCGAGUUAUUUAUCAUGAAUAAACUCACUCUUCCACUCCCGAAUCAAACCUUCGUCAAACCCGAUCUGUCGCACUUAAGAGGCCUUCCACUGGCAGACCCGGAUUACAACAUCAGCCGCCAUAUCGAUAUAAUCUUAGGAACAGAAAUCUACGCUAAAUUCGUCCAAAAUGGAACAAUAAUAGAAGGCGACGGCCUCCCUGUAGCCCAGAAAACAAAACUUGGGUACAUCAUAAGCGGGAAGGUCCCAUUGCCAUCGUAUCAAUGCUGCACCGUCGUCAACAACAUGACUGAUAUCUCGCGCUUCUGGACUAUAGAAGACAUAAAUGAAACAUCAAAUUUAUCAUCAGAAGAUCAACAUUGUAUAAACUUCUACCGCGAAACUACAUUUCGACAAGAGGACGGAAGAUACGUCGUUCGAUUGCCCUUGAAGCCAGAGAUGGAAAAUGCUCUAGGACAUUCAAAGAACAUGGCCAUAGCACAGUUCAGGCAACUCGAGAUCAAGUUUCGAAAGGAUCAAAAUAUCGAGAGAGAGUACAAGAAGUUUAUUCAAGAAUACAUAAGUUUAGGCCAUAUGCGCGAAUGUACAGACGAAAUCGACGGGCCACCCAAUUCGACAAUAGAGUGCUUUUUGCCACAUCACUGCGUGAAAAGACCUGAAUCAGCAACUACAUCUCUUAGAGUUGUGUAUAACGCGUCUUCCAAAACGUCAAAUGGAACAAGUCUGAACGACAUCAUGUUCAGCGGACCCAAUUUACAACACGAAUUAUUGUCACUCAUCAUUAAGUGGAGACAAUAUAAGGUCGCGUACGUUGCAGACAUAGAAAAAAUGUUUAGAAUGAUUGGUAUAAACAUUCAAGAUCAAAAAUAUCAGAAGAUCAUUUGGAGAGACAACGAACAUCAAAGGUUUCGCGUAUACGCAUUAACGACCACAACCUACGGCACCAAAGCUGCCCCCUGGUUAGCCAUGAUGACGCUAAGACAGCUAGCCAAGGACGAACGCAACAAUUACCCCGAAGCGGCUAAGGUCGUAGAAGAGAGUUUUUACAUGGAUGAUCUUCUACACGGCUGUCACGAUCUCGAAUCAGCAAAGAAAAUGAAACAAGAUUUGAUCGACCUAUUAAAAUCAGGAGGGUUCAAUCUUCGCAAAUGGGCAUCAAACACGCCCGAAUUACUGCAAGGAGCUAUCAAGUCUCAAGAUCAGCAACAAACUUUCGAAUUCAAAGAUCAAGAAACAACGAAAACACUGGGUCUACGCUGGCACCCCCAAGAAGAUAUAUUUACUUUCCAACUAAAAAUAACACCACUAUCAACUCAAACAUCUAUCACAAUGACAAAGAGAGAGUUACUGUCAAGUAUAGCGAAAGUAUUCGACCCUCUGGGGUGGCUGUCGCCAGUAACCACAAAAUUGAAGUUACUGUUUCAAAAUGUCAUAUCAAAUGACAUUGGAUGGAACGAUCAAGUACCCCCUAAUAUCAAGAAGGAAUGGUACACAAUUUCACAAGACCUACAAACUAUCAAAGAAAUCAAAAUCCCGCGUUGGCUAAAUACCUACAAGAAUCAAGACCUUGAACUACACGGUUAUUGCGAUGCAUCGACUAAAGCAUACGCGUGCGCAAUCUACUGUCGUGUCGUCUCUACCGAUGACAAAAAAUCAACGCCGCCGCCAGUACUGAUAGCAGCGAAAACAAGGCUCAUACCGUCCAAAAAAUCGGUGACCUUGCCUAGAUUAGAACUGUGCGCAGCUCUACUUCUAUCAGCCCUCAUGGAGAAGAUCAAGCAAUCCCUAUCUGAAAACAAUAUCAAAUUGGUCUGCUGGUCGGACAGUACAGCAGUGCUGGGCUGGCUAAACGGCGAACCUAGCAAAUGGAAGCCAUUUAUAGCCAACAGGGUUACGAAAAUUACAAAAAUCAUACCGCCGACUUGUUGGAACUACGUCAAGUCCGAAGAAAACCCGGCCGACUGCGCUAGUCGCGGAAUCACGGCCCAGCAAUUACUAAAGCAUCCUCUUUGGUGGAAUGGUCCAAACUGGCUAUCAACAUACAGUGAAAAUCAAGAAAGGCCCACAUUCACUACGGAUCAAGAGGUUAAAACAUCAAAACAAUGCCACGCGGUAACAUGUAAACAAUCAGACGGGGACAUUAUCAAUGAAUUAAUAAACAAGCAUAGCAACAUGACUCAUUGCACCCGCGUACUCGCAUGGAUACUACGAGCGGCUUCGCGGCGUCAGCAAAACUCGAGUUACCUAACAGCUGACGAGUUAAGAAGCGCUAAAAAUAGAAUAAUCAAGUACGUGCAAGAAAGAGAGUUUUCAAAUGAAAUCAUUAAUUUGAAAACAAAUCAAUCAGUGGAUUUAAAAAGCAAUAUUUUGAAAUUAAGACCUUUCCUGGAUCAACACGGAAUGUUACGCGUUCGAGGACGACUUCAUAACGCACACAUCAGCUGGGAAAUGAAGCAUCCACUUAUCGUUCCACAUAGAGGUCGCCUGACGGAGCUGCUUAUAGAUCAAGCACAUAAAGCUGUUUUGCACGGAACCGCCAAACUCACUCACUCCAAGCUAAGAGAAUCAGUCUGGAUUGUAGGAGGUAAUAGAGCAACGAAAAAUCUCCUACGCCGUUGCAUAACGUGCCUUAAGCAGAAACCUCCAAAGCUAUCACAACUCAUGGGUGACUUACCUGAAUCAAGGUCAAAUCCAUCAAGGCCAUUUUAUAAUACCGGUGUAGACUAUACAGGAUACGUAUCAGUGAAGGCAAGCAAGGGUCGCGGCAUCAAAACGACUAAGGGCUACAUUGCUGUGUUUGUCUGCAUGGCGACAAAAGCUGUGCACUUAGAGCUAGUUUCAGACCUAAGCUCAGAAUCAUUUCUGGCCGCUCUACGCAGAAUGUCCGCCCGGCGUGGAGCACCCCGUCACAUCUUCAGUGACAAUGGCACGAAUUUUACCAAAGCCAACAAAGCAAUAAAAAGGGAGUAUGAAGAGAUCACUGCCUCGCUAGAUGAAUCAUUCUUCAAAGCCAUCAGCGAUAUGAACAUCAGCUGGCACUUCAAUGCACCUUCGUGGCCCAGCGCGGGCGGCCUGUGGGAAGCCGCCGUCAAAAGCCUCAAACAUCAUCUUCACCGAGUGCUGGGAGAACAACACCUAACCUUCGAAGAAUUUUCGACUCUAUUAGCACAGAUAGAGGGUUGUUUGAAUGCACGUCCACUGUGUGCAUUGACCGAAGACCCUGACGACUUGGACUAUAUCACGCCGGCACACUUUUUAGCAAGUGGUCCGACUCUCCACAUCGUUGAGACUGAAAGGGACGAGCGUACACGGUGGCGCCUAACACAGAAAAUAUUCCAAGAUAUAUGGAAAAAAUGGCAAACUGAAUACUUGUGUCAGUUACAAUCACGCUGUAAAUGGACGCAACCCAAGCCCAACAUUGAGAUCGGCGACGUCGUAAUCAUUCACGACGCUAAUCUACCUGCCGGCAAGUGGGCCCUUGGCAGAGUAUCAGAUGUUCAUGCAGGAAAGGAUGGUUUAGUCCGUGUCGCUUCAGUAAAGACAAAAAACUCAAUAAUCAAACGGCCCAUCAUCAAGCUGUCAAAACUGCCAGUAUCAGAAAAUGAAGCAUCAAUCAGUGAAGAACAGAAAGAAAACUCAUCGGCCACGCCCCCUGCAAGACAAACAAAGCAAAGAAAACCAACAAAAUCCAAACUCAUUGGUUACAUCACUAUGGCGCUUAUGCUGUUUAUGUUAUUUAUAUCGCCGGCACAAUGCACUCAUGACGUAUCACGUUUCAAAGACGGUCAAGGCAUUUACUUUGAUAAAAUAACAAAUAUGAAACUGGCACGAGACGAGUGGAAACUUGUAGUAUAUUAUGACAUCAAUCCAUACUGGGAAGGAUCAGAACUAUUUUCCAAAUACAUCAAGCACUUGGAAAAUAUGUGUCACGCCAUUAAAAAUAAACAACAGUGCAACAUCGUACUCAAUCAACUGCGACACGCCUAUUCGGAAUUAAAAUACUACGACAGCAUGCAACUCGGUCAACGCGUCGAAUCACCACGAAAGAGGAGGGCAUACUUCAACGCCGUCGGUUCGGCGUGCUCGACGAUCAAUUCGCCGGACAAUACCAGAAGGACAUCGAACUGA